AGUGCCAUUUUGGCGACUAGAGACCUGCCGCGGAGUGGACCCGACUAUUGCGCCUUCUCUGGAGGAAGGAGGCCUGCAGUACGGCUCGUGCCAACGAACGAGCCCGAAGUCAAGAGGAAGGAGGCUGUGGAAAUCAAGGAUCCUGUGCAGCCGAUGCCGGUGGACAAUGCCAACCCUCAUGACGAAGGAGGGAGCGAGGCAAACUCAAACGAUGCUGACAUGCCGGAAGGGGAGAGGACUCAUGCGAUCGAAGGGCAUGCAGAUGAAUCCGAUGGGGAAGACAGCGAGGCGAGCAUGAACCAGGCGGAUGAGCCUGAAGACGAGAAGGCGAUUGAAAGCCAUGCAGAUGAGUCCAAAGGCAGGGAGGACGAGGCCAAAGGCAAGCAACGAGGACCAGGCGCUAGGCUGAUGAGCCCCAGGCCAAGCGAGAAGGUCUCUACUUUAUGCACACGGCUAUCUUUCGUCUUCGACCUGGGCCUUCCGCUGGUGCUGGUGAGGCCAUGGAGAUUCACGACCCAGUCCAGACAGGCGCCAGCAGGUGCAGCAAUCUCAGAUGACGAGGAAAGUGUGGAUGAGAAGCAGGCCAGCGGAAUCAGGCGAUGCAGAUGCGCCAACAGAUGGAGACAGGAUGCCUCAUCCAGCCAGCGCUGGAAACAGGUUGCCGCGCCAGACCCGGUGACGAAGGCGGCGACAAGUUCGGCAGGUUGCCAUGUCACGAGCCUUGGGUGGAAGAGCGAAGUCGAGUUCAAGGC